AAUGUCUUUGUGUUAAUGUGUGUUAUUUCUCCUGUCCUCUCAGUCCUGUUCCCACGUCACACCAAUGCCAACGCCAGAGACAACACCAUCAACCUCAUCCACACCUUCAGGGACUACCUGCACUACCACAUAAAGUGCUCCAAGGCCUACAUCCACACACGUAUGAGGGCAAAGACUUCUGACUUCCUCAAGGUGUUGAACAGGGCUCGACCCGACGCUGAGAAGAAGGAGAUGAAGACCAUGUCGGGCAAGACGUUCUCCCGCUGAGGCUGGUCCACACGUGCACUCUGACCCCUGGACAUGCCCAAUCGUGCCACACUGAGACUCGACUCCACAUUGGACAGGAUCACAGGCCCCUAAAGCCCCGCCCAGCGCGUGUCCAUCCUGUGUCUUUUUUAAAUAAAGUUGUCUCUUAGUAGAAAUCGAGGCUUAAAAAAAUAAAAAGGGCAUUCCUUGCUUCGCAUAGUUAAAAGAUAAUUAUUAGUCCUAUAUAAAUAUAUAUAUAAAAAAAUAUGAUGUUUUGAUACAAUAUCUUUUACUCCAUUUGGUACUGUUACCUUGCUCCCUCCCUCCCUGGUGGUGUCCAUAACAUCAGAACCCCUCUUUCUCCUUCCUCCUCUCUAUGCUUCCAUGUUGUCUGUACCAUUGUCAUUGGAAAAAUAAACCAGUCUUAUAAAACAUUA